AUGAGCACGUUUGCCCUGCGCGUCUGGGCACGGGAGCGCAAGAGACAAACCCGUCUCGCGAAGCAGAAGCAAGGGAGCGGCUCAGAAGCCCAACUGGUUGAGACAGUUGCUGACCGCCCUGCCGUUCCUCGUCUCCAAGACGUUGCCAGCCCGAUUGUUCAGGCUGCAGACGAUUUUCUGCCCCUCAGAGGUGGUGCAGGGGACGCUAAUGCGGCGGCGUUUGGUCUGGACGCGGCUGCGGCCUGGGACGGCGAUCUGUCGGAUGUGACUGACAUGCCGGGCAACUUCAUGUUUGGCACAAUGACUCCGACGAUGCUGGAUCAGGGGCUGGGAGGCGACGUGGCGGUGACAGCUUCGUUCAGCUCGGCGUCUACCAUCGACCCAGCAUCUCUCAUGAGCAGAUCGGCGUCGUCCAUGUCUUCGCCUCCCACCUCGCCCGACUUUCCCGACAGCUACCUGCUACCAAUGAGUGACCUCAAGGUACUGAAAGGGCUUCUUCGGAUCGCGACCAGGCUCGGAUCCUACUCGGUAAUGUGGGACCCUGCGGCCAACUCGCCGUUCAACCAGGGAGCUGGUACGCCGGCCGAGCUGCUCCCCGAGACGUGGAGACCAACGGCAACGCAAGCUCUUGUGCCCCAUCAUCCGAUCAUGGACUUCCUGCCGUGGCCGGGGGUGCGGGACCGCAUCAUUGACUUGUUCAGUCUACCCGACGCGGCACGGCCACCGGCAGCCCGGGGCCCGCUUGGGCUGGUGAACUUUGCUUACGACCUGGAGGAUUCAUGUGAGGGAGCGCGUAUCUGGGGGGCCGACCCAUACGAUGCAACGAGUUGGGAAGUCGGCCAGGCACUUUUCCAGAGGUGGUGGUUUGUCUUUGAUAGAGCUGUUAUAGACCAGAGUAAUAAGUGGCGACGGUUGAGAGGCGCCGCGGCUUUGCAGCUGCAGACCGGAAGUGUGGCUGAAGAGGUGUCUGAUGGCAGUUGA